AUGACAAAGUCUGCUAUGAGAGGCGCAUUAAUCGUUUUGGAAGGCUGUGAUAGAUCAGGGAAAACAACCCAAUGUGCAAAAUUAGUUGAAGCUUUAAAUGGUAUGAAAAUACCAGCUAAAAAGAUAUCUUUUCCAGAUCGAUCUACUCCUAUUGGUUCACUAAUCAAUGAUUAUUUAUCAAGAAAAAUUGAGUUACCAGAUCGAUCAGUACAUUUAUUAUUCAGUGCUAACCGUUGGGAACUAGAACCAGAAAUUCGUAAGCAAAUUGAGUCUGGUGUAACAUUAAUUGUGGAUCGGUACUCGUAUUCUGGUGUAGUUUUUACAAGUGCCAAACAAUGCGUGGAUUUCAAAUGGUGUUGUGGACCAGAAAAUGGUUUACCAAAGCCAGAUAUAGUGAUGUUUUUAAAAUUAUCAACUGGUGAAAUGGCUAAAAGAUCUGGUUUUGGUGAUGAAAGAUAUGAAAAUAUUGAAUUCCAAAAUAGAGUUGAUAUCAAUUAUGAUAAAUUUAAAAAUGAUAAUUUUAUUCAAGUAGAUGCAGCUCAAGAUGUGUCUAUCUUAACAGACACUCUUUUAGAGCAAGUUUUAAAAACGAUAGAAACUGUUAAGAACCAAGAGUUAGACGAUUUAGUUCUACAAUAA